AUGUUGCGUUUCAAAAGAACGUUUUCAAUUGGGUUCCCUAUAUUAGGACCUACAUUGAAAGCAGAAUUGUUAAAAGUAAUAAAUCAUGAUCAGUUGCUUCCAAUAAGGAACCAGAUUACUCAAGAACUUUUAAAAGGCGAAGAUUCUGAUAUCAAUUCAGAAUUAUUGAAGUUGAUCGGUAAGUCUGAGGUUUCUUUACAGAAAAAAAUUGAGAUGAAUAAUUAUUUAAUUGAAAAGUUAACCAAAUUCGAUUAUAGUAUUGCUACAAGACAUUCGAAGAAUGUGAUUUAUCACAAAAUGAAGUUUAGCAACAAUGCAUUUAUUGAAAUGUUGAAGUAUAACCCUGGAAGAAAUGUUAAUUCAUGGCAAUUAUUUUUAGAAAACCGUAACUCUAUUAAAGUGAACGAUGAAAUUAUUUUAAACAUAUUAAGAAAAGUUAUUUACUUUGAUCAAGCAGAUCUUGAUGAUUCAAAGACUAAUAUGAAUGAGCAAGAUCUCGCUAGAAGUGUUGUAUUGAUUAAUAUGCUUAAGGAUAAAUCUUUAAUAGACGAAGAUACGACAAAAAGAUUAGGCGAGCAGAUAGUGUUGAAUGACAUGAGCUUUGUUUUGUCAUUUUUGAAAGGUAUUAAUAUUCCAAUUCAUACAGUUUUGGAAAAUUUAGACCUUACAAAAAUUACUGGUUAUAAUUUAAUUGGAAUAUUCGAAUUUUAUAAUUUUAACAUAAUAAAAGAGCAUCCAGAAUUACUUGAAGCUAUUCUUUCAUUGUUAGGUAAAAAUGAUACAGUAAUCCCUCCAAAUGAUUUGGUUCAAAAAAUAAAGGAUUUUGAAACAGAGCUUAUGAAUCCUGUAAAUAAAAAUUUAAUUGGUGAAAAUAUAAGUUUUGCAUGUCCAAAAUCAUAUGCUACAUCAGAUUAUUUUAAAAAAAUUUAUCACGAUAUCGUGGAGGCAGGUGUUGACAAAACAAAUAUUCAAAUAGCAGUUGAACUGCUAAGGAUAGUUGGACGCUAUAAAAAUGAUAUCGAACAUGCAACAACUUUGUUAAAAAAAUAUAUGGAAAAUAUAAGAGAUUUCAAGGAUUAUAACGAAAAGAUGGAAACUGAAUUAUUCCAUCAGAUGUUUUUAAAUAAUGCAUACUUAGCUUUGAAUAACCCCGAUAAAAUGGAUCAAUGUAUGCAAAAUAUGUUACAUUACUCAAAAAAAAUAACUUCUAAGGAUCAUGUCUCUACAGAAAUGACAGAUGUCCAGAAAAGCGUGUUACUUUUGGUCUAUUCUAAAGUUGAUCCAUCGAAGGCAUUGAAUUACUUCAAUGACAAUAUUGAAACUACUUCUAAGGAACAAAAUUCGAUUACUAAUAUAUCACCAAGUGCAAGACUAAUAGAAUCCUUUAUACUUGUGCAACUUGCAGAGAAAGAUAUUCAUUUAGCUAGAGUGAUUUUUGAAAGAGCACAUAUAGAAGGAAUUAUAAAGACAGCAUCUGAAAAAAAAAUGAUAAAGAAAAUACUAUCAGAAUAUGGGGAAGCUAUGGAAAAUGGUAAUGUUGAUCUUAUGGUUAAGCAUAUUAUUAAUGAAUUAAUCAGAAAGUAUUAG